CAAAACCAAACAAACGGAACGAACUGCGGGACGGAUCGGUUUAGAUUUUCUGUUGUGCUGCUUUUUGCUUCGAAAUUAAAGUGUUAAAUUUGCAUGCUUGUUCGCUAAGUUGCGUAAAUACGUGUUUUUCAAAAGUGCAAGAAAAUGGUGUGAUUAUUUACUGGUGAAAUUAACGGUGAUAAAAUGAAUAUUGGACGAUUGAAGCUGAAGCCCAAGGGGAGCUCUGCUAGCAAAAGCAGCGGCCCCCUUCCGCCAGUUCAGGUGCCACCAAACCUGCCGCAGCUUUCAAACUCUUCAAACCUUGGCCCCAACAAAUCACCCGCAUCACUCACAGGUCGCUCAGAGCCGUCUGUUCGGUUCAAGCUUGAGGAGGACAUUAUCGGAAGUAGUCUCAGUGUCAGCAGUGCUAGCACCGGCGGUGGCAGCAGCAACAAUGAAGACAGCCUAGAGAUUAUGGAGGAAAUAGAUAUUCCAGACGAUGAAAGCACACAGGAUAAUGACGCCAGCGGUGGUAGCAUUUCCGAAAACCUUGCCCUGAGCGUAGGUCCCGCCGAAAAUGCGCAACAACGGCCAUUGGACAAGGGAAAACCUGCUACCGACAGAAAAAGGCAGUUGUUCGAUAUUGACGAUGAACCACCGCCUGGUGGGUCAUUUGGGAAGACGUUCGACAUCGAUGAGUUGCAACUCUCGGGUGAUGAAAUUGCUCAACAUUUUCAAUCAUUUAGUGAAAGUACUGACCCAAAAGGUGAAGAUAAUAAAGUGAAUCUCGACGAUAAAAAGAAACUGUUGCAACAAAAUCCCGAUGUUGGGUCUAUGGGCGUGUUGUUAGAUGAUGUUGAAUCUACAGAAGAUGUACCAAAAAGUGAUCUAACGAAGAAUGAAUCUCAGUUGAAGCAAAGCUCUGUUCAAAAAGAGUUUGAAUCGAAAAAAGAAUUAUCUCCCCUGAACGAAGAUGUAGUGUUAAUAAAUAAUAGUAAAGUUAGUUUGAAAUCGUUGAAAAAGCUUCAGAAACAACCGAAUGUGCUUGAUAACAGUGGAGAUAACAGUUAUAGUACAACUAAUGAUAUCUCGGAGCUUGCCCGAGAUACGGAGAGCGAUCGUAUAAUGAGUGAUAACAACGAUCACAGUUCUCAAAGUGAUGCUACUCCUAAACCAGCUGAUAGUGAUAAGGAAGCAUCUCUUCCAAAAGUGUCAUCAAUACAGUUAAGAAGCAAAAGUGUGGGAAUGGGAAAUAAGAGCAAACAACGUGAAGUUGAGCCUGAAUUUGCCAGUCUUGGAAUAGUGAAAUUAUGUGAAGAAAAAUCAAUAGACAUGCAUGAUUCAAGUGUUGAAGAAGAUAAUUCUAUUGAAGAAAUGUUGAUGUCAAAUGCAUCAGUUGAUGUAUCAGCAGUUAACGAGCCGGUUCUGUCAGAAGUUCAUCAAUCCAAAGAAGAUUCAACAGAUAGUAAUCAUUCUAGUGAUUUGAAGGAGAAAAUACUUAAUACAAGUAAAUCAUUUGAAGAAGUAAAAUCACAGCAUGAAGAAUUAGAUGUGCCCACCGACAAAUUCGAAGGAAAUAAACCUGCUGUUGUCAAACAAAUGGAAAAGGUUACUGACGUUAAGGAAGCGUUGGAGGAUAUCUCAGAGGAGUCGGAGCAAACAUUGACAAACUCUAACCAUUCGGAGAGCCGUCAAAACACGGAUGACGAACAAUCAAAACCUCUAGCUGUUGUGGAAAAGGGUAAGGAAAUGCGCAAGAUACUUGAAGAGAAAAUUCUAAGAAAUCAACUCAGCAUAGAAAGUACUAUUUAUGAGGAUAACAAAGAAAAUAUUCCUGAUUCAUUAAGUAUAAACAAAAGCACCGAUUUGGACAGUGUUGUGAGCUUGAACAUGUUUCAAGCAAUGAACAACGAGAUAAAGCAGCUUCAGGAAAUUAUUGCUACAAAAGACAUAAUGCUAGAAGCUUAUUCUACAAGAGAUUCUUUAAAGGAAGCUCGUUUAGAAUCUCUAAAAGAUCCACAAAGAUCUAGCGAUUCCAGUAGCCUAACUACCAACUCGACCGAGUACAGACCCCUGAACGAUGAAACAGUAUCCAAAAAAGAACUUCUCCAAAAAGUCGCCGAUCAAAAUCAAUGGAUUGUAACGCUUGCCGAAAAGCUACAAGAAACCAAUCAAGCACGAGAACAAGAACGAUUGGAAAGCAUCAAAUUAGUGGCGGAAGUCAAUCGUCUCACCAAGCAGCUGGCUGAAAAUGCCGAAACAAUCAGACAGAGACCACAUUGGAUGCGAGAUCAGGAAAGUACCGGGCAGAGAAUAUCGGAAAUUUCUAUGGAAUUAGUAAGCGAAACAGACGAUGCCUUGUCAGACUUUCCCGAUAUGUAUGAGGAACGAUCGAACAGAAAUUCGCGGGAACGUCAGUUGGAUUUAAAUUUAGACAUAGAUUAUUCUGAACAAAACCCUCUUCACAUUCCCACCGCAAUCAGCAAGCAGCUGGAGCAGUUCAGAAAAUAUCUAUCGCCGGAUGAGUUGAGGCUUUUCAACAUGGUACAAGGGAAAUUUGACGACUACUUGCAGCAAGAAAUGGACAAAACGAAGACAACUUGUGAAGAUGAACUCAAAAUUAUCCAAGAACGACUCGUCACAGAGAAAAACGAGCAUGAAACAGAAGUGAGCCGACUAAGACAAUUGUUAUCCAACGUGACAAGUGGAUCCGUUGACAUCGAAGACCUCAAAGACCUUAAAAGCGAGUUGGAGGCUCGCCAUACUCAGGAGAUGGAUGAUUUGCGGACAUAUUUUGAGGAGAAAGUUGCCGAAUUUGAGAAACAAUACUCGGAAAAAGUUUUCUCGCAACAUAGCAGACAAAUGUCGAAUGACACGGCUUCCGACAUAUCAGAUCAAGAGGAAUUUCCGGAAGAAAACGGUGGCUAUCAUUCCAAGCACACUAGCCCGAAGCGUAAGGCUAAGGAGGAUAUCUACCUUAGCCCAACACAUCGAAAAAUUACUCCAACUACGAUCGACACCACCGAAAGUAGCGCGGAUGAAGUAAUGGAGGUCACCGUGGAGACUGAAAAUGAAACCCACCACAAUGCUGACAGCUUAAGGGAGUACUAUCAAAAUAAGCUGAAAGAACUCAAGCGACAACACGAACAAGACUUGCGAGAGUUGCGAAAGACAUUCCAGAAAUUCGAGGAAAAAGAAGCCAACGAAAAAUGCAUGCCUAACAAUGAAGACCCCAUCACGAGCAAAGGUACAUCUCCUCACACAAUUGAUCAAGUGGCAGAAAGAUCGGCAACAGAGGCUGAAUGUUUGCCGCCUUCUUCUGGUGUGAUACUAAUAGACAAAAGCACCACUCCUACCACUAACAACACUACUACUGUGGACAUCGGCACCGAGCCCAUCGAUGACUUACACGAGAUUAUCGCCGACUACGAACGACGGCUACAGGAACAGGUGGCCUUAGCUCGUCAAGAUGUGCUCCGGGAGCUGGAAGUGCAGAUUCAGGCACUGUUAUCCGAUACAACAACGGAGGAUUACCACUGGCCGCCGGAGCUCAUAUUGCUAAGAGAGAAGCUGACAGCUAAGAGCCAACUGGAGAUAGCUCAACUUCAAAUCAAACAUGAGGAAGAGAUGGCCAAAGUGAAAGCAGAUUUUGAAAAACAGCUGCAAUGGAAACUCAAACGGCAAUCGACGUUUGACUCUACUCGUGAUUUGGACAAAAUCAUUAGUGAGCGUGACAAUUUACGUGAACUGUCCUCAACGUUGAGAAGCGUACUGUGUGAACUUGUGAAGUACGUGUCGAACUGUGAAGACGAUCUGAACAAUACGGUUAUCGAUGAACUUCACAAGUAUGGAAUAGUUCCGAUCAGUGGCGAAGAGGUGUUCGAAAGUUCGACUCUGGACGUGAAUGUAUCGAACAUCUCGACUUACUCAAGCAGAAAGUUCCUCAAAUUUACUCCCGAUGUGUCAGGUUUGAUUUCAGUCAUUGAGGACCCUACAUUGUUGGAAUAUGUAUCUAAGGAUGGUGCUACGAAUGAUGGCGCGAACAGGUCUCUUAACCUGGAUGAGUGUUUGGAAAAGCUAAGAUCGGAAGCAAUGCAUAUUUUGACUCUAUCAGAAAAGAUUGUGAAGAAAUCGUCCACUAAGGAUGAGGAUUUAGACAAGGUGUCGGAAAAAAGUGAUAGUUGUGAAGAAGAAGAUGGUUUGAAGAGAAAGAUAGUUAAAAAAGAUAGCGCUGGUGCUCGAUCGUUUGAUGAGAAUAUGGUUAGAGACAGUAGAACGAUGGAGCGAGCACAAAUCGACAGUAGCAGUCUUCCCGUGGAUCUGGCGGCCUUGCAGUGCAGUGGUGAGCUCAACAUACAGCUACACGAGUUGAGAAACGAAAAGCGUCAGUUGGAGAUGAAACUAGCCGACGCGUUGAGUAAACAAAACAGCUUGGUUGUCGAACUAAACGAAACAAAACAACAUUUGUUGGAGCUAAACAGUCAAAAAGUGGAAAUAAGUGAAGGGUACGGUACGAAUGCGCUGCUACCGUGUGCUCAAAAGCAAGGGAACUCAUUCUCGGAACUGCAGGAAAAAGCUAAACAAAUUCUCAGUAGCAGUUCUCCGGACAACACCGCCAUAGACCACAGUGCCACUUUGCUCCAGUUGGUGGAAGAUUUCUGCCGCGAAGGCGAACGGUAUAUGGAACAUGGUAAACGUGACAAAUUGGAUCUCCAGUCACAGAUUGAGGCUGCCGAUAAACAACUGAAAGCGACGAGGCAGUUCCUGGAAGAUCAAGCUGCCGAACGGGAGCAAGAACGCGAUGAGUUUGUCAAAGAAAUUGAAAAACUCAAAAUGCAACUACGAGAGAAAGACAAAGACAAGACCAAUUUUGAUCGGGUUACUAAAGAGGAUGGAUUUUUGUGUGACAGUUGUAGUUGUGGUAUCGAUAAUCGGGAGAUUAUUGAAAAACUGGAAACAGCAGAGCAAAACUCCAAAGAGCUCGCCCUCGAACUAGCUGCACGAGACGAAAAGAUUCGAAAGCUGGAAAACGAUCUAAAGGAUUCCAUCGACAAGGGUUUCACGCUCCGAGAGAUCAUCAGUGAACUAGAAACUCAGAAUGAAAGCAAGGCUAUCGAUCAACAAGUUUUGGUGACUAAAUUAAAGGAACUUGAAAACUACAUCGAUGCUCAAAAUCGUCAAAAUGAAUCGCUGCACCAAGAGACAGAUAUGACCGUUCGCGGAUACGAUGACAGAAUCGCCAAGCUGGAAGAAGAACUUCGACAAUCUAAACCCAGCGUAGAGCACAGCUUAGUGCUGGAAGCGUUGACUGUGCAACUUCGGGACGUCGAGGAAACUCUCGAAAGAAAAACCAAGAACUUGGAAACCCUUAAUUCCAACUCGGGUGCCUCGUUAGUGUGCAGUAGUCCUUCGGAGGACGUCUCAGUGAAUCAAGAUAGCCCUUUGCAUAGGAAAAAAGCCGCCGAAAGUAGUUCAGUUACUCAGCUGCCGGUCGACGAGGUACAGCGAAUAUUCGACAAACUUCAUCGACACACGCGCAUUGAAGAGGUGGCGAUCAAACGCAUUAAUGACCUCGAGAUGCAGAUCUGCAGCGUGCGCAACAGCUAUGCGGAACUACAACACGAGCGCGAUGUGCUUCAAGAGAGAAUGUCAGAGCAAUCACUCAAGAUCACCACGCUUCAAUCGAAGCUGGACGAGCAACGGUUACGGGCCGAGGAACUCCACCGACAGGGAACGUCUCACCUGACGGUUAAAGUGCAUGAUCUACAGAACGAGGUGGUCAAUCUGAAGGAAACUCUACAAACGCGCGACAAGCAAAUCACGAGUUUGAAAAACUUCUUGGAAAACAGUCAGCAAGUCAUUGAACGCCAGGAGAAAGAACUAGCCAUGAACCAGGCGGACAACGAUCGUAGCCAGUACGAGUUGAAACUCGAGGCGGAGCUUCAGGCGAAAUGUGACGAAAUUCAGCAGUUGAAAAACAAAAUUCAAAACGAUAUGAUCAAUAAACUAGCACUGCCCGAUCUGAUGGAAACGAUGCUCGCCGAUAAAAACGAUGAGAUUGAUCAAUUGAGGGAGAAACUCACCCAAUUGCAACAACAACAACAGCAGCUAGGCCAUCAUCCGAGCGGCCACGUGAAGGAAGACGACAACGCCCGCACGUUGAGUGACAUCGUAUCGAUUACCGAUUGCGACGAAUCGGAUAUGGUAAUGCGACGCUUGCCCGAGCAGAACGAGGGGUUCCCGCCGACGACGCAGCAAAACAGCAUCCCCAUGAUGGUCUGGUGGAGCGAUUUUUGUGUCUUGACGAUAAAGGAAACGCCGUCCAAUUUUUUCAAUAUGAAAGAGCACCACCAAACCGCAUCCACCACACGCAGCUCUACGGUCCCUCCAUCCAACGGUAGCAACGUUUCACCUCUGCAGCCCAUCACGCAGCUUCCGAAGCCAACACUUUUCCCGCUUGGUUUCGAGGGAGCAUUUUUGCAGGACUUCUCCGCCGUAUUCCCACGACCAACCCCAUCCACCGGUACCGGUAGCAGUGGUGGCACGCCGGAAUUCAUUCCCCGGCAUAUCAAUUUCUCACUGGUAGACGAACCUCGAUCCGCGGACGGUAGAGAUCGCUUCCGGGAACCGGCAUUUAUCGAGGAAAUCCUAGAGGAAGAAGAGAAGGUGGUGCACGCCCAAGCCCUCGGUGCUAGCGGAGGUAAGCGAUUGUCGGAUAUUUCGGAGAACGUUAGCGAGGAAGAUAAGGGCAAGCUGGAGAAUGAGCUUGAGUCGUUAAAAAUGCAACUAGAUAGGAUUACUAAUGAAAAGAAUGAGGCAAUUGAGCGGAUGCACGCAGAAAUUCAGGAUAAAAUUGACAAAAUUGAAGAUCUACAGGUAGAAUUGGCAGCUAGGAACAAAUUGUAUGAAGAUCUAUUGCGGGAGAAGAAAGAUUUGCGAGAUGAGUUGGAAAAGGUUAAACAUGAUCUGAAUCAGCUCGAAUCUGAUGCGUGCAAAUUGCAGCGCAAAGAGGAUGAACUGAAAGAAGUUAUUGAAAAUAUGACACGUAAAGAUCAAGAGAUGUGUGAUUUGAAAGGUAUUUGUAACAAACUUCGUGAGGAGAUGGAACAACACAUGAGAGAGUCUGAAUUAUUGAAAUCGGAGCAACAGAAAAACCAUCUCUUGAUUGACACGCUAAAGCAGCAGGUGGAAUCUUUGAACAAAACGAUAGGUCAUAAGGACGAGCUAAUGACAAAAUUGGAGAAGGACAUAUUGAACUACAGCAAAAACGAAGAAAAAUAUCUGGAGCAGCUGAAAGCUCUGGACGGGAAAGAAAUUGAACUACGAGCUCUUCAGAGUAACUACAAAGAUCGCAUGCAAGAGAUUGAAAUUCUCAACGAAGACAACAAAUUCCUGAAUGAAGAUAUUAACCGUUUGAAGAAUGAAAUAGCUAAAAGCUCGUCUAAUUCGUCGUCCAAUCCUUCGUAUAUCCAAUUUCUGAAACAAAACUGCGAGAAAAUCGAGGAGGAGCUUCGGGAAACUAAGGUGCUUCUGACGGAGAAAAUGUUGGCCCUUGAAAGGGUUAAAAUAGAUUUGACCAGUUGUCAACGCGAGGCCGAGGAUGUUAAAUCUUUGCUGAAAGAGAAGGAAAUGAUCAUUCAACAGAUAGGGGAUGACGGGAAUAGUCUACAUCAGGCAUUGUCAAACAUUCAGAGUAAGAUGCAGGAGACUAGCGGAAGCUUAAACAAAAAACUUCGCGAAGAGCAAGAUCGCAAUGCUGUUUUGGUGGCAGAAAUAGAUCGGUUGAAGGCAUUACUGCAACGAAGUGAUAAUUCUUCGAGUCCGAAGCCAUUUUCGGUUGAAGAGAUUGCAGAGCAGCUGGAAAAGGAGCUAAACUAUUCCGCUCAGCUAGAUUCUAGUAUACUGAAGGCCAUUGAAAGUGACGACGUUAAUUCCGAUGACGAAGCAGACGGAGCUACCAAAGAGCCUAAAGAUGGGUUAAGCGAUGCUGUGCUUCUUGAAGAUCUCAGGCAAAAGUUGCGAUUGGAAGCAGAAAAGGGGAGUAAGUUAAAGGAAAUGCUUGAAGCUGAAAAACACAACAGCAAUGCUAUUCAAAUGCAGGAUGCAGAGAUAAUAGAGGCCAUGCGGCUUCGUCUGGAGGCUGCCAUAGAUAACGAAGGAACGCUGCAGAAGUUGCUGUCGGAGGAGCGAAGUAAGAACGAGCGACUGUCGACGUUGAUGGCAGGCGUUCAAAGGACAAAGUCGUUUGAUAACUAUUUACUGAUGAAGAACAAGUCACCGCACGAUUCACCCUCCAGAAGGCUUAAUCGGAGCAAUGAGUUUGAAUCAGAAAUGGUGGCACGAUUUGAAAGUGAAAUCAAAUUCUUAAAUGCGCAGAAUGAGAGAGAGCGUGAAAGAGCAGUCGAUUUACAAAGAGUGCUGGAGAGGGAACGUAACAGGUUUGAGAAGGAGAUAGCCGAUAGGAGCGAGUAUGGCGAACAGGUGAAGCGGGAAUUGAUGAGGGUAACGAAGGAGAAAGAGCUCCUAGAAGUCGAGUUGGACAACGAGCAGGAAAAGUUGCUUUUAUCCCACAAAGAAAUUGAGAGCUUAGAAAAGCGUAUAAACGCCCUGCAAGAAGCAGAAUCCAUGCGUUCUUUACGCAAGGACCGAUCUCUGGGUCAAAACUCACUCGAAACCCAAGAACUUCGAUUUAGAUUAGAACAUUUGGAGCAUGAACGGACUCAGCUACUGGAUACCAUCCGUAGCCUCAAAACCGAAGUUGAACGCCGAAAACAAAACGAAACUAAGUUGAUGGGAGCGCUGAGUAGGGAUAACUCGUUAACGGAAGGUGCCGUUCCAGAAGAAUUCCUUACCAAGUUGAAGGACCUGAAUCGUAUGUUAGAAAAUAAUGCACGAGAAAAUCACCAGCAAGCGGAAACACUGCGAUUGAUGGUCGAAGAGCGUCGUGCGUUACAACAGAGAAUUCAAGAGUUAGAACGCUACAAUGUUAACAGUAGUCGUUACAACCGAGAUGAUUUGGAAGAACGUGCUAAUCAUCUCUUUGGCAAAUAUUUACGUUCAGAGAGCCACCGUAAAGCCCUGGUACACCAGAAGCGAUACCUUCAAAUUGUACUUACGACAUACGAGGAAAACGAGGCGAAAGCUCUUCAGUUGCUUAGUACUCAAAACGUUCCACUGAACAUUCAAGGACUCUCCCUUGCAAAGCCGAAUGCGGAUGAAAACCACCCUCGACGAAGGUCUUUCCGUGCUGUCGUUACUGCCAUCAUUGCCAUCGAACGGAUGAAGUUCAUUGUGCGAAAAUGGCAAGGUGGACGACGCGUCUGUGCGAAGGCAAUCUUUUCCCAGCAGUUCACCCCGCGGCGGUCACAGUCGGCCACCACCAACGUGUGGACCCGAUCACAGAAUUCACACUUCGCCGAGUACAAUGCGUCUCCGCCAUCCAGAGAUCGCGUCGCGUUCCAUCCGCCUCCUACUGUGGUGCAAAACUACUCCGGUGGCCAGUAUCUUAGCAGACUGCCGGAAACACCACUUGUCAUGAACGCGGAUAUGCGGGAACGGCUCGAAGAGCAGUACAACCGAACCAAUCGGUAAUCACUUCAUCAUUUGUUUUAUUGUUUUGACCUAGGUUCUACCCAUUAGUGCGAGCAAAAGUAUUAAUUUGCAGAUUUUUGUUCUAGCUCUAGUCCCUACGAAAGUGUACUCUUUGGAUGUAUGUUUUGCUCAUAUUUUAUAGUGUCACAAUCAGCUCAAACCAAAAACUAGCUAAUAAAGUGUAACGUAACGAAGAGUUGUCUCUUUAUUUUGGAAUCUUUUCUAUCACUCGUUAACCCUCUACUUCCCAUGGUUGCUCUAGAGCACCAUCAAUUUUCGACGAACUCGAGACAAAUGAAAUUAGAUGAAUAUGAUGCAAUAGUUUUUAAAAUAUGAUUGUAAUCUCAUUAGGUAAACCCAACUCCCAACUACUUGUUUCAAUAGUGGAACUAUUGAUAAACAAUCAAAGUGCUAUUGAUUUACAACUAAAUUUUUUUAUGUUGAUUUCGAAAAAUUUGGCCAAUUUGCAAUAACUUUUGUUCAAGCACUUUUUUUCGGAAACGCUUUCUUGGCAUAGAAAUAGUCGUUCAAAGUCGUGGGAAGGAAAGGGUUAAAUUGUAAGCAAACAUGAUGGUACAAAUCGGAUCGAAUAGUGCCUUAAGCUAUAUGUCCAUCAUCAUACGUUGUACCAUGGCAACUAAGGAUAUUCAAAUACACCCGACUGCAAAGAAUACUCAGUUUUAAUUCUGUAAAUCAUAUUUCUAUGUUAUUUUAGCUUUAAGCUAUCAGGAACGCACUUGCUUAGUGUAAAGUCGAUGACUACUACUUUGCAUGCCAUUGAUUACUUCAUCUUAUACGUUUGUGCGUAAAUUGAAAUUUAGAAAAACACAUCAAAUGGUAAGAAGUAGCAGUUAAUCUAUGUUGAUUGGCUCAAAUGUUCAAGUUAGUAUUACGAUUUAAUUUCAUUUAAUUUAAUUUAAACUGUAAAAAUAUCAAAAUUGCCUU